ACAGAAACAUUUCUUUCGUGCAACACGGCUAAUGUUCUUACAUAGAUGACUAUGAUGUGUGUGCAGAUUGCGAAUCUCAGCCGGUCUCAGAUCAUAAAUACCCAUCCGACCACAAGUCAACACACAACAUGCUCGUCUUCCGCAUGUCAAUACCUCAUGGUCGCUACAGCAGAAUCCGGUGGUAUGCCAGGAAUUUCUUAUCCACUUGCAUGCCCGCUGCAGUACCGCUAGAAGCACCAUUGACUGCACGGAAAGACGAAACCCAAACGCAAUCAGGUGGACCUGAACUUCCGCAUCCUACAGAAGCCACUCGAGCAGAUGAUUCUUCUGCCUCUGUCGAUUUGCGGGACGGUGAUGAGAAGCUAAAUGGGAACAUGGGAGUAACAUUCGGGAGGAUACCUGGAACUGCAGUCGCGAAUGGGGAUGCCUAUGCUUGUGCUGAAUGUGGCAUCAAAAUGAAGGGCAUUUUUUAUGUAUGCCUUACCUGCGGAGAAAACGGUUCCCCCAUUGCCCUAUGCAGUGAUUGUGCAUUUCACGAUGUGUUUAACGUAGUGACAGAGCACCACCCUUACAAACACUGGCUGAUCAAGAUUAAAGACCGGGUUCAAGAUAUAGGAAUCGGAACAUCAGACGAACCUCUGGAUAAUGUGGACAAGAUUACUUCACUUUCCUUACGAGUCGAUAAGCUGGCUGCAACGAUGGAUACACUUGUCACACAGGUUGCAUACCUUGUGCAUGGUAUGGCUACAUUGACGGGAAAAGCAGAGCUUCCCUCGGAAUCCGUCACUGAUUGAUUGGCUCAUAAAUUGGCAGACGGUUGUAUUUGAUUCUUGCUGUCUCAGGGACCUUGUGCUAGUAUAGAUCGAUCAGUGUUAUACGUCCUUCGCACACGUGAAAUAAACAUGUUUCUUGGCCUUCA